GCGCCUACAAGGGCCGGACUAGGCAAGCUGUCGUACCCUCUGGUGUGGAUGGGGUGGAAGAUCGAUGACUUGUUUGGGGCAGGUGCUCCGGGUCCGACACCAUGGCGGAAAGCACGGAAUCGAAUCAAAAUCUACGAGAGAAGAGAGGCCUCCACCAGUGUUAUGCAGCACCUUCCAAUCCGAGGAGCGAGACCCCGCUAAAUGAGCGCCAAAUGAACCAGGAUGACUGCAAAUUGUAUGGGACAAGUGAUUUUAGUUCGAAUCUUGGGCCAGCCUGGAAGGCAUCAUCGUUUCGCAGUGGAGAGUGUAUUGGUAUUGUUAUGGUCGAGCGGUGGGUUUCUCGCUUGCAGAGAGACAAGUUGAGGGAGAUAACGCCGAGAAUGAAAAUGGAUACGUAGGAAGAUUAUUUAGAACUAUUAAGAAGGCUGUGCAAUGUUGGGGGGGAGAAAAUGCGUCCC